AUGGGGAAAGGGGGUGAGCAAGGGGGGGAUUCGGGGGAGCCGGCGGCGCAAAUCCGCUUCUACACCUGGGAGGAGAUCCAGAAGCACAACCUGAGGACGGACAAGUGGCUGGUGAUAGAGAGAAAGGUUUAUAAUGUCACCAAGUGGGCAAACAGGCACCCGGGGGGCCAGCGAGUCAUCAGCCACUGGGCCGGCGAAGAUGCCACGGAUGCAUUCCAGGCCUUCCAUAUCAAUCCCACCUUGGUGCAGAAGUUUCUCAAGCCACUGCUUAUUGGAGAACUUGCUCCAGGGGAGCCUAGCCAGGACCGAGACAAAAAUUCCCAGCUGGUGGAGGAUUUCCGGACCCUGCGGAAGACGGCAGAGGACAUGAACCUGUUCCAAGCCAGUCCCUUGUUCUUCUCCAUUUACCUGGGCCACAUCAUUGCCAUGGAAGUUUUGGCUUGGUUCAUGGUUUCCUACUUAGGGACCGGCUGGAUCACAACCCUCAUCCUUGCCUGCAUCCUUACAACUUCCCAGGCCCAGGCAGGGUGGCUGCAACAUGAUUUUGGACACCUCUCUGUCUUCAAGAAGUCUUCCUGGAACCACAUCGUCCACAAGUUUGUCAUUGGACACCUGAAGGGUGCCUCUGCAAACUGGUGGAACCACCGCCACUUCCAGCACCACGCCAAGCCCAACAUCUUCAAGAAGGACCCAGAUGUGAACAUGCUGCACAUUUUUGUCCUGGGAGACACGCAGCCGGUUGAGUAUGGCAAGAAGAAGCUGAAGUAUCUGCCUUACAACCACCAGCACGAGUACUUCUUCUUCAUCUUCCCGCCUCUGCUCAUCCCUGUGUAUUUCCAAAUCCAAAUCAUCUCGACCAUGAUCAGACGCAGGUUCUGGGCGGACCUGGCCUGGGCCAUCAGCUACUACCUGCGCUACUUCAUCACCUACAUCCCGUUCUACGGCGUCCUGGGCUCCCUGUGCCUCCUCACCUUUGUCAGGUUUCUGGAGAGUCACUGGUUCGUGUGGGUCACUCAGAUGAAUCACAUUCCAAUGGAAAUUGAUUCUGAGAAGCACAGAGACUGGCUGAGCUCCCAGAUGGCAGCGACCUGCAACAUUGAGCAGUCCUUUUUCAAUGACUGGUUCACCGGGCACCUGAACUUCCAGAUCGAGCACCACCUGUUUCCAACAAUGCCACGGCACAACUUCUGGAAGGUGAAGCCUCUGGUGAAGUCAUUAUGUGCCAAGUAUGGAGUUCAGUAUGAGGAGAAGCCUCUCGGGAAAGCAUUCGUAGACAUCGUUGGGUCCCUAAAGAAAUCUGGAGAUCUCUGGCUGGAUGCUUAUCUCCAUAAAUGA